AUGCCAAUCAUCCGGCCCGCUGGGGCCCACCUAUACACAAAGAAUGGGCAAACGCUGGGCCGGGCGCCGGCCGGGCUGCUCGGUGCGUACCACGACGACGAGGACGAGGACGAGAGCGGCCCAACGGACGGAAGCGCGCCGCAAAGCAUCGCCGCAGAGUCCGAGUGGUGCGCCUGGGGCGCGUGGGAGCGCUGCCACGAUCCCGCCUCAUCGGCAUACUACUUUUGGAACACCGAGACCAACGAGGUGCGGUGGACCGCGCCGGAGCCGCCGCCCGCAGCAUCCGUCGCGGCGGCGCAGCCUGAGGCCGCCGAGCCGGAGCGCACCACUCCAGCGGCGGACACCACUGCCUCCGCGGCGGGCAUUGCGGCAGCGGGGGACACUGCGGCAGCGGGCUCCUCGUUGGAGCCCGAGCCCGCGCUGGCCCCGGUCGCCUCGGCCGCCGCUUCGUCCGGCGGCAGCUUCGAAUCGUGUAGCUGGGAGUAG